AUGAUCGAGGUGGAUGAAGGAGGAACAACCGCGGCGGCCGCCACAAUUUUCUUUGGGAUUCCAGUUUCACUUCGAAUUGGAGGACCACAACCGGUGACAUUCCGAGCUGAUCAUCCAUUUUUGUUCAUCCUUACAAAAGAUAACAAUCCUUUGUUCAUGGGUCAAUUUGUGUGA